GUAGUGGCCUCAAGAUGGCGGCGCGCGCAGAGCGGCCCAACACCGCCGAAGGGGGCGGGGGAGGGGACGGCUGUUGUUGAAGCUUUAUUGUUCCCGCGGCUGUCGCGGGCGCGCGCCGUGUUCGCCGCGCCGCUCCCAAUAAAGAAUCCUUCGUUUUCCUUUAGCUGGACCUUGUGAAAGCAGACUGAGGCAAGAGAAAAACCACCGGAUCCAGGAGCUAUGGAGCUUCCCAGCUACAGCAAGCAGCUGCUGCAGCAGCUAUACACUCUCUGCAGAGAGCAGCAGUUCUGCGAUUGCACCAUCUUCGUUGGGACUGUUCACUUCAGAGCACACAAGGUUGUUUUAGCUGCUGCCAGCCUGCUUUUUAAAUCUUUGUUGGACAGCACAGACACCAUCUCCAUUGAUGCUUCCGUGGUGACCCCUGAGGAGUUUGCACUGUUGCUGGAGAUGAUGUACACUGGCAAGCUCCCAAUGGGGAAACACAACUUCACCAAAGUCAUCUCCGUGUCAGAUAGUCUGCAGAUGUUUGACGUGGCUGUUAGUUGCAAAACCCUCCUUAGAGACCUCAUCAGCUGUUCAGCUCAGGAUCAGGUAGAACUCUCUGGGCAGGCAGCAGACUCAUCUGGAAGCAGUGGUGAAGCUGAUAACCUGCCCCAAUCUGAAAAACCUGCUGCUGAAGGAAAAACAGGUGUCCUGCACCCUUCUCCUGGCCCUGAAGAAGCAGAGAUGGAAGCAAAUAGUUCUCCUGAGCAGGAGCUGGCUGUGAAUCACACCUGGCUUCCCCAGGAUGUGACACUGAGCAGCUCGGGAUCCCUCUGGGAGGAUUCAGGCUCUUGUGCUGCCCAGCCUGCCUGUGCAGAGCGUGGUUGCUGUGUUGAAGUGGAGCCUGCUGAGUCUCUGGAGAAGAAAGGAAGAGCGAGUGGUUUAGCAGCAGAGAGCAAAAGCUGUAAACUGGAUUUCUUUCUUCAAUAUGAAAGUGUUUUCUCAGAGGCCCUUUCUGAUGCCCAAGCCGUGCUGAGAAGACUAGAAGAGUGCAGAGAAAUUGAUGCCUCUCAAAGGGAGGUUGUACUCACCUGUCUGGCAGAGGCAGGGGAACAGUCAGUGUUCACGAAGCUGUUGGGCAAAGUGAAGGAUGCUCACACCCUGGAUGCUCAGACCCUUGUGUCUAUACUGAAGCUGUUUCAAGACAUGAAUCCCAAGCUGAGAGCGGCCUUGCUGGAGAGGGAGCAGGGCAGUGGAGAAGUCCUGCAGCAAACAGAGAGCACAGAAGAGGGAGAGAUGCUGACCGCUCGUUUGCUGGGAUGCAAGGAGGAGCUAAUCCAGAGCGUGACACAGCUGAGCCCCAUCGUAGAGUUCUUGGAGGCAGCAGAAGAGGGAUUCCUGACCACUGCGGAGAAGCGGGUAGUUUUGAAUUGCUGUGAGGGCAGCUCCCAGAGGGAAGCCAUGGACAAUCUGCUCAAGAAGGUGGAAGAGGAGAAAACCCUGAAAGCUGAAAGUUUGGUCAAGCUUCUCAGGGCUGUGAAACCAUCGUUCCCUGGCCUCUGUCUUUUGCUAGACAAGUUGGUGGUAAAAGCAAACGUCUCUGAUGUCAAAGCCAAGUGGAGUUUGGAGGAUUAUGGAGCCCAACUGCUGAGACGAUACCAAGAAAGAUUAGUGGAGCACCUCACAGACACCCAGACACUGCUGCGGGGGAUCUCUGCUGCACAGAGCUUAGCUCCUGCUGACAGAGAGGCAGUGGAACAGAUUGUGAAGUGCGAGACCGGCUCAGGUGGCUUCGUCUCGCUCAUAUCUGCGGCGCUGGAGGAGCAAUCUCUGUCUGUGUCUGUGGUCUGGCAGCUGCUGCUGGCUGUGCGAGAGGCCGAGCUGCCGCUGAACGUGCUCAUGGAGGAGAUCCAGAAAGAACCGGGUGCAGAGCUUUUCUUCCAAGCAGUUGCCACCAGUGAAAGCACAGCCAUUGAGAUCAUCCUCCGGCACAGCGAGCUCAUCUCAGAGGCCAUUAAGCAGAGAGCGAACCUGAAGGGCUUGGCUCCAGGGGAAGCAGGACUCACAGAAGCAGUAAAAGAGCUACUGAGUAUUUCUGCUGAGAAGGAAAGCUCAGAGGCCUCCUUGAAAGCAGCUCUGAGUACAGCACAAGAGAAGUCUGUCCCAGCCAUCAAGAUCUGUCAGCUGCUGUGCCAUGUCCAUGAGUCUUUCCCAGACCUGCAGCCGGUGAUGCAGGAGCUAGGGCACGUGGGGCUCUUGACUGAGGGAAGUGGAGAGGAACCUGGAAUCAGGAAGUGGAAGGUGAACAGUGAAUCCCAAGUGGAAGCUCUGGAUAAAGAAGAGGACAAGGCAGGAAAUGCUGCAAUCAAGGAACCGGAGGAACCACAAGAGAAAGCAUCUUCCAAGAAGAGUUUCAUCUGCAAAGCCUGUGAGAAGAGCUUCCACUUCUACUGCCGCCUGAAGGUGCACAUGAAACGUUGUCGGGUGGCCAGAGGAAAGCAAAUGCAGUGUAAGGAAUGCACUGAAGUCAAAUCAACAAAGAAGGAGCUGGAGAAGCAUCAGCUGGAGGUCCAUGGUGCGGUGGGGAUGGCCAAGAAGAAGAAGAAGCGUCUCCCUGUCACCUGUGACAUCUGUGGCCGAGAGUUUGCUCAUGCUUCAGGGAUGCAGUAUCACAAGCUGACCGAGCAUUUUGACGAGAAGCCCUUCUCCUGUGAGGAGUGCGGGGCCAAGUUUGCAGCCAACUCUACGCUGAAGAACCACCUGCGGCUGCACACUGGGGACCGGCCCUUCGUGUGCAAGCACUGCCUGAUGACAUUCAUGCAGGCCUCGGCCCUUGCCUACCACACCAAGAAAAAGCACUCUGAAGGCAAGAUGUACGCCUGCCAGUACUGCGACGCCGUGUUUGCCCAGUCCAUCGAGCUCUCACGCCACGUCCGAACCCACACAGGGGACAAGCCCUACGUCUGCCGGGAGUGUGGGAAAGGCUUUCGCCAGGCCAAUGGGCUCUCCAUCCACCUCCGGACCUUUCACAACAUUGAAGAUCCCUACGACUGCAGGAAGUGCCGGAUGAGCUUUGCCACCCUGCAGGAACACCGCAAGCACAUCCAUGAAGCCCACUCCCGAGAGUACCACCCCUGCCCCAACUGCUCAAAAGUCUUCAGUGCCCCAUCCCUCCUGGAGCGCCACAUGGUGACUCACGUCGGAGGAAAACCCUUCAGCUGUGACAUCUGCAACAAAGCUUACCAGCAGUUGUCAGGGUUAUGGUAUCACAACCGGACCCACCACCCCGAUGUCUUUGCAGCUCAGAAUCACCGCUCCUCCAAGUUCUCCUCCUUGCAGUGCAGCUCCUGUGACAAAACCUUCUCCAGCACUGCUGCUCACCGAAAGCACGUCAAAGCAGAGCACGCAGAUGUGAAGUUCCAUGACUGUGAGAUGUGCAAGGAGAAAUUUCCCACGCUGGCUCUCCUGCAGGUCCAUGUGAAGUGCAGGCACUCAGCUCCCUGUGCUCUUGGGCUGGCCCUGGCCAUUGCACCGCAGGCUCAGAAUAGUGCAUCUUCCCCAGGGUCCCAGCCAUUUUGCUGCUUGUACUGCUCAGCCUCCUUCCGCUUCCCAGGGGCCCUGCAGCAGCACGUCACCACCGAGCACUUCAAGCAGGCAGAGAGCACCUUCACCUGUGGGCUCUGCGGGGAGCUCUUCACCUCCCAGGGCGAGCUGGAGGGGCACCACAGCACUGAGCAUCCCAAGCUGGUCUUCACAGAGGCCCAAGCCACUACAGCCCAGAUUGUACAGGUGAUUCAGACGUCAGAGCAAGGAGCAGCAGAACACGUCAUCUCUUUUGAUGAGGCCCAACUCACCAGCUCCCAAGUCUUUGUGACGUUGCCUGAAUCCCAAGCGAGCCGAGCUGGCUCGGACCUGGUGACGGUGACCAUGGAGGACUUGUUUGAUGACAAAGUCACUCUAAUUUGUGAAGAAACCAAGUGAGAGUGAGCGGUGGGUGCUCAUAUGUGGCACCUGGUGUGCACUGGACUGGUUCCAGAGCCAUACUUAGUCAUGGUGCUCUUCCAAGGGAGAUUCGGCUUUUGGAUUUUUGUUUUUGUUUUUGGGAAAGCAACCCCGGUAUAUGUGACCCUGACCAAAGAAAUGGUGUGCAGCAAGGACGGGAGAGGUUUGUAGACAUUCAUAAGGCACUAACAAAGCUACUUCUGUCUCAGAGCAGCACACAGGACAUUGCUUUGUGAAAUGCAUUCAUGUACCUGCUGUAAAGCUUGCUUCUUCGGUGCUGGGAGGAUGGCAACACAUUCAUCGCAGCACACUGGCCCCUUUAAGACUAAAAUUUCAUCAAGUCUUUUUUUUUUUUUUUUUUAAUCUGCAGUUUCCUAAAAUAUAAUCUGAUAAUUAAUGGUUUGCUGAAUCCAUUAUGAAGUGCAAUUAGAUAGAUGCAGGGUUCCUGUGGCUCGGAGGGGACUGGUAGCAUUUAUCUUCCUUUCCCUAAUGCCAAAAGGUUGAACUCUGCCACUGCAAUAUUUACAUACGGAGCGGUGAUCCCUGCCACAGCCCUGCCGUGAGCAGCGCCUGCUCCAUCACACAGCCCGGGAGAUGAACAGAUUGGAGUUUUCCAGGAGGUUUUUGCGACAGCGUGAUAGUUGGUCACUCCCGUUCCAGCUCGAAGAGUGGAAGUGAACAGCCCCUGCCUUGAGGCCAGGGGUUGGUGGAGCUGAUGUUGUGCCUGGCACCGUUGUGGGGUUGUUUUUUGUGCAGCAGCGAGCGUGUGACCCUGCCGAAAUGUUGUGUGCGUAGCAAAGUGCUCCCACCUUUGUCGCUUGUACGCGUGGUUUGUCCCCAGGGCUUUCCUGUGACUGUGCAAAGGAGGAAGUGUCACUCCCACUGAAAUCAGGAAUGACCAGGAGAUGGUGCUCAAGGUCUUGAGUAGUGCCAACGGACAGGUGCCUCUGCUCCGCCGAGGGCCAGCACCGCAGCCCUUCGGCUCCUGCCAGGCUGGAGCUCAGCCCCAAGCCCUGCGCAUCGCUACUUAAAGAAGAGCCUGGAGCUGGAGGGGCUGAUACUGCUGAGGUGAAGCAGUGAGGCUGGGACCCUGCACACAGGUCAGGCUGGAGCGUGAGGCCGCUCUGGAGAGCAACGUCCCACAGUUCUUCAACCAGAUCAGUUAAUGAGGGAGGUGGGUUUCUACAUCCCCAUGCAUUAAUUAAUGGCACUUAGGGUUAGCUUAACCUGCUUUCUGCACCGCUGUCCCGUGUGCUGCAGGUGCCCGCCCUGUGUGCUGCAGGAACAUUUGGAAGCAGACGGGUGCCGCGCUGUGGCACAGCCCUCGCUUGGCCAGGCGCCGCUGGCAGCCCCCGCUGUGUCAUCGUGUGCAAAUCCUGUGUUCUGGGAUUAUCUUAUUUUACUUUUUUUUAUGACCUAGCCCAUCUGCGAUUCGGUACCGCUGCCUUGCCCAGGAACAAGGGCUGGUGGAGGCAGGAGCACCGAAUAUCGGUUGCGGAGAGUGGAGUGCAUCCCUGGGAGAGGGGCUCGGUAACCUUUUGUUACGACGGGGCUGGCUGGCUAAUGGAGAGGGCUCGGUCACCUCUCUAGCAGCACUUAAUGCUUCUAAUCCGCCCGCAGUCCGCUGCCUCGUUGCUGUGAGUCCCAGUGCUUCCUUACUUCCCAUGUGAAAGCAGUAAUUGCUUCUCUCGCUUCUCCAGCCAGUCUGUAGCACGCAGCUUCCACUUUGCCUCCCCUGCUCUGUUUGUGAUUCCUCCAAGCAGGAAAUGCAUCCUGGUUUCUAAUUGUAUUCAGGAAAACCUGUGAAGUGAGCUAGCACUUAUUCAUUCAGCACGAGGAGGCAUUGUGCAGGCAUUGUGUACCACUGUCGGGUCUCUGUAUUGAAGGGGAGCAGGGCUGGGGAGCACCCGUGGGUCGCGCAAUAUUUGUCACAAUCAAGGGUAGAAGGAGUCCUGCUCUGGGUUCUCUGUGCUUCCCAGAGCCUCUUGUAAACGAGGGUGGGCUGCUUGGGAUGGCCAGGUACACGUUCCUCUUAGGAGCAUGAAGUAGAUGCUAAUAAACGUGUUGUUUUUCUUAUUUUUCAGGCAGACGAGAUCUAACUUGGUGCGAGAGAUGGAGGCGUCCUCCAAGAGACGGAGCUUGCUCUCCCCUCCUGGCUGCAGUCAGGUGAGCAGAGCCGUGCCUCGGGAUUCCAGCUGCCUGCAGAGAUAAUCCCUGCCCCUCUGGCAGUGCCGAACCUGCUGACAGGCGUGACCGUGCCUCUCCCUGACAUGUAAAUCCGCCUGUUUUUUUGCCCACGGAAGUGUGGCCAUAUGCCACCACUGCACGGCGUCGGUCUCCUUGGUGCAUUGACCCGCUGCGCGCUGAACCCAGCAUCUUUUGCUCUCUGAGCGUGCCCUGGCUGCUGUCAGUGAGCAGUCCGCUGGCACGGGGGCUUUUCCCAGCGUGGCAGUGGAUGGCAGCGGAUUUGGCCACGCACAGGAGUCGGUCGGGGGAUCCCUGCGGCGUGCACGAGCUUCCAUUUGUCAGCACGACGUUACCCUUGCAGCGAAGCCGGUUCCUGUUAGCGGUGAAAUCCCGCUGCAGUUCCUUGCUCCUCUCUCCCCGGCUAACCCAGAUAAUCCUCUGCUAUCCGCCACAUCUCUGUCGGCCUGUUAAACACACACGGUGCGGGUGUCCUUGUGUGUAGCCGGGGUAGGUUGUGAGAUUCUGAAUUCUCCCAAGCACUGGAUGCUGUCAGGGUUUUAUUGGAAAUCCAAACAAAGCUGGAAGGAACAGCGCUGCUGGUGGGGCCUUGGGUGAUGGGUUGGGGCUUUGCGUGGUUGGCUUGGCUCAGCUUCAGCUCUAGAGGGGAGGGAGGGAGGGGGGUGUUACCAUCGCCCAUUUCCCUUUGGGAGCCCCCCGUGAUCACCCAGGCUGGGGCACGUAGUGCAGCAAGAGCACCGCUGCAUGCACCCGGCUUCUCCCUGAGCAUCCUUGAAGAAAAUAGAUGAGGAAACAGGAUUUGCUGUGCUGGACCAGCGUGCUCGGAGUCUUCUCUUUGGUCCCGUGCUCCGGAGGAGUCCAUCCUUUGCUGCUCACACCAACAUUUCCUGCAACAAACAGCCCCUCCUGGCGGCCCCCCCGGCCAUGAGUCCUGUCCGGUUGUGUGCUUUCCUCUCCUGCAGGAGACAGCUGAGAUUUGUGAGCGUUGGCUUCAUUAUUCAGCAAUUAAAAUGUUCCAGCCUCGUCACAA